AAAUCGAUAUUGUUGUUGUGACAGCUGCGAGCUUGUUGUUUUUAUUCGCCAAACACGAACAGCGUCCAAAUUCUCCAAACUACCCGCAUUAUAACGCCGCGGACGUAAUUUUCCCUGCCCAAAAUGCCGCCGGAAACUGGGCCAACGUACGAGCUAUCGAACGGCACCUGCCGCUUGUGUUUAGAGCACAAGGAAGAACUGAUCCCUCUCGAAUGCGCUCUGUCGGAAACGGAGCUUAUCAACGUCAUCGAUUGCUUCCUCAAGAUAGACAUCACCGACAAUUGGCCGUUCCAGAACGUAUGUGAUGAUUGUGUCAUGCAGGUUCGGUUGAUUGAAAAAUUACGCGCCCAUUUCGAUGAGAGAAAUCGUAUUUUCGAUGUGCUGUGGACGCAAUACAAGCGAAUACACAUGCAAGCCGAUGGGGCGGGUGGUAGUAGUAAAAAGAAAUUGUCCAAAACAGAGGAGAGCAACGUCAACUCUGGCUACGUCAUCGAGGGAAUGGUGAUAGAGAAAACGGAAGUGGAGAUACUGCCACCGGACAUGUUGCUGAAAGCAGAGGCUGGAACUGAACAGUGUGGCGCCGUCAUCAAACAGGAAGAGAACGAAGAGGAGGACCAUCUGGUGGAGGAGCUGGUGUACGAGGAGCUAACGCUGGACGAAACGGAACUCGACGAGGGUGAGAUCAUAGAAGAGGACAAGGAUACGCUGGAGGGUGAACAUGAGAGCGAAAUGGUAGAGGAACACAUCAUGGAACCAGAGGAAGACGGGAUUGCGGCAGGGGACGAAUCGGACGACCAAAUUGAGCACCAGCUGUACGAGAUUGCAGACAGUGAGGAUGGGGAGCAAAAACAGCAGCACGAGCAACAACAGGACGACUGUUAUUACGACGAAACGGUCAGCCGAUGCUACAUCUGCAUGGAAACGCUGGAAUCGGAGAGUGAACUGCAAGAGCACCUGGGGACGGUGCAUCUUAAAUUGCUCCCAUUUCACUGCGACAAAUGUUUGCAGUACUAUCGCACAAUCGACGAGGUAAAUCAGCAUCUGAUCUCGCACGAGUAUCCGUUCGUUUGCAUGUACUGCCCGCGCAAGUACAGCUCCGAGCGGCAGCUGGAGAACCACAACAAAGACUGCAACACCUACCGGUGCCUGUACUGCCCGGCGGAGUUCGAGGUGCUGUCCCACCUGAACACACACAAGCGGCAACAUGCGGCCCAGCUGCGGGGCAAGCUAAAGUGCAAGGCUUGCGGCCGUCAGUUCACACAGUCCUCCCAUCUGAAGCGCCAUCUACGGUCGGGAAGCUGUGCCGGCGUCAAGGAACGCGGACCAAAGCGCAAGUACAUGCGUAGACAUGGGCAAGAAAUUCCGACCUCCCCUAGAGGCGGCGACCAAUGCAGCAAGGAGCCGCAGAACAAAAAUCUACUCUACUGUCAGGUGUGCGAUCGGAAGUUUGUCAGCAACUCCUAUCUGGCGCGGCACUUCGAGCGGGACCAUUCCGAGCUACGGUUUCCCCUGUUUCCCUGUGACGUCUGUACGAAGAAGUUUACCUCGUUCGAAAAGUCCGUCCUGCACCGACGGUAUCACCGCCGGCAGCCAGCCAUCAAACCGAAGGAGCUAAAGAAACCGAAGGAAACGGUGUGCAAAAUCUGCGACAAAGAGUUCCGCGUCGACCAUCAGCUGCUGCGCCAUCUGACGGAGGAGCAUUCGCUCGCGCUCGAGCUGUUCCAGUGCGACCAGUGUCCGCGCAAGUUUUCGACCGAGUUCAAGCUGCGCAAGCACCAUUACAACAGCCACCGGGAGAACAAGACGCUGUACGUUUGCUCGCACUGUGGGCAGAAGUUCGAGAAGAAGCUGACGCUGAAGGACCACGAAACGAAGCACCUGGGUAUGCCGGCCUAUCGGUGCGCGGUGUGCGACAAGACGUUCAUCCACAAGCACAGCCUGGACCGGCACGCGCUCGUGCACAGUGACGAGAAGCAGUUUGCGUGCGAGUUUUGCGCGAAAACGUUCAAGCGCAACACCACGCUGGUGAUCCACCGGCGGAUACACACCGGGGAGAAGCCGUACCAGUGCGAACCGUGCGGUAUGCGGUUCAUCGAUUCCAGCACGCUGAUCAAACACCGGCAGCGGGCGCACAUGAAAGCGGAGUGCAUGCCGCUGAAACAGGAACAAGGGCAGUAGAAGCUUUACCUGCACGUAUAAUUUUAUUGUGUUUGUAAAGCGCCAUUCUUCAGACACCGAUUAUUACAAGACUUGAUGAUAAUCUUAGGACAAGUGUAUAGAAAAUGAAAAGCGUUUGAACAUGAGUGAAGAGUUUACAACGAGCGAGCUGUGUGUCUUGGUUCGAGCUGGUUGUAGAUGACAUUCGUGAUUGCUUUCACAUUUUUUUUAAAUAGCCACGCUUUUACUGGUCACAUUAUUGUGAACCCUUUUAAUAUAAAGCUCGCACCAAGCGAUACCAGAA